ACCUUUAUCCAUGCCGGAUCCUUCAGGUUUGGAGACUAUCAAAACCGAGUAAAUGGACUUCAACAAGUAAGCACAAAGAGAAAAAGCAUGGAUCAGUACAUCCUCAAGCUAAAACAGGAAUUGCUGUCAAUGAAAGAAGUUGGAGAAGACUUGCAAGAGCAGAUGAACUCUAUGAUGGGAGCACUGCAGGAACUGAAACUCCUCCAAGUCCAGACUGCUCUAGAGCAACUAGAAAUUUCCAGGGAACCAAAUCAAAUUCUGCAACAGAAUCAACGUUGCCAAAAUGGAUGGGAAGCUUCUGAGGCCAGGCACAAGCCCAGCCAACAGACUGAAAAACCAAUGGCAGAUGGGCAACGUCUAGACAACAGAUCGUUGGAUUCCAGCCGAGGGUCUUGUGCUAGAAGCUCUCCCAGGUCUGUGUCUAUGCCAGGUGCAAGACAAGGUCAUCAAGUACUAUCAAUUCAAGAUGAGAUGGAAACAAGAUUCACGUCCUCCUCUGCCGUUUCAUCUGCAGCGUUGACUUUGCCUACUUAUGAACAGCAACUCAAGAAAGUAGAUCUUCACAGCCAGCAUCCUACAGAUUUUACAAGUGUCCCUCUUGAUCAAGAAGACUGUAUGGAUGAGCCAUUUCUUGAAGAAACAAAAGAUUGGACAUCUUCUCUCAUGUCCCAAAGCCGAAACAGACAACCUCUUGUGUUGGGAGACAACAUCUUUGCAGAUCUUGUUGGUAACUGGUUAGAUUUGCCAGAGUUAGAAAAAAAAGUAGAUAGGAGCGGCAAUCUACGGAGCAACUAUAAAUCCCAGGACAUCUACAAAAAGCUCUCCCUUACAACCAACUUCUUCAAAAAGUUCCUAAGAAGCGUUCGGCCAGAUAGAGAUAAACUUCUGAAGGAGAAGCCUGGCUGGCUCCAGGCUGAAGAAAAUACCCCACAGAUAUCUAAGAGACCCAAAAAAGCAAGCAAACAAAAAGGCAUAUUUUACUUCCCAUCUCCAAGUGAGUUCAAAUGCACUUACAACAGAGAGAAAUCUGUCAAAAAGGAGGAAAAAGUGACUGCCAAACAUACAAAGUGUGCCAACAAUGGGCAGAUGCGCAGAGACCCUAUAGAUGCUGGUUUUGACAUGAACACAGUGGUUUGGGUGUAACACAGAGCAAGGAAAAUGCAGAAGUUUGGUAAAUUUAACGGUAGGGAAGGCAUUGCACAUGAAGUGGUCCUUGAAUUCAGCAGUGCUGAAUCAUGGCAAAGGGUGGAAA